AUGGCCGACGAAGAGAAACUGCCGAUACCCCCAACAUUUCUCGAAAAAGUUCUAUUUUACACGACAGCUACUUUCGUUCUUCUUGCUACUUUCAGCCUCUUCGCAUUUCUAUUCUUAGUCCCAUUCGUGAUUGAGCCAGCUUUCACAACUAUAUUUAUGCAAUUUGAUCCUGUAGCAGCAUUAUGUGUAACCGCCCAAGUCAAGCAUUUAGUCGGGGCGAGCAACUGCACAUGGGCAUCUUGUAGGGAAGGUUGUACUAAGGACUUGUAUGAAUGUACGCAAAUACGUGUGAACUAUAAACUAGGAUAUGCCCCAAAUAUCACAGUGACUGAGUACGAGAAUCUGAUAAGAGCUGAGCGGUCGUUAAGAAAAGAUUACGAUUACGAAAAUUACGAAUCGCCGUUAGAACCGCCUGAUACUGAUAUGGAAAACCAAGAGAUUCCCGACGCAAUCCCAACUGGCUUGCAAGGCAACGAUUCAGAGUGGUACUUCACUGGGGCUAGACUAUUCCCCAACGUCAAAGGGUGCGGCUAUCCGCCCAUACUUAAUUGCACCAUAUUCUAUGGCAAAUAUAGGCCUCUAGGUACAAAUUACUCUUGCUAUUAUAGUCGGGUGGAUCCUGGUUUAGUUAUAACCGAGCUGGAUAUGUGGCAGAACACCCUGAAUUUAGUGUACGCCAUGGCGAUACCGAUACCAUCGUUUUUCAUAUCGGUAAUAUACUUGACGUUUGCAUAUUUUAAGAUCUAUAAUACCGAAGAAGAAUCGGAGCAAGCUCCAUUGCAAAGUGAUGCUGAAGCGAUGGCCACAGGGGAUGAUGGAAAACCCACAACCCCUGGUUCAGACACAUUUAGGGAAGAUCUCGCGUGUUUUGGACAUCAGUUAAAGAUGCAGUUGGCUAAUGAAAAGCCUAAAGAGGGUUUUGAAUCAAAUAGCCCUCCCAUCUCCAAUUCUGCCUCACUGUCUGGGACCAAGUCAUCUUUCGUGAACGCC